CGAGUAAAUAUACGGUCUUCGUGUGGAAGGUCUCGAAAGAUACUCAGCCGUAUUGAAGCACUGGCUGAUGACCUCAAGGUCCUCAAAAAGGACAUGAGGGAAAUCAAAGAAGCCACAGUGCAGCAACGUCCUGCAGCUGCUCCAGUGCCUCCUUCAGCUCUGAAGCUCAUUCCUGUUUCAGGAGAAGACGAGCUACAAGCUGUGGAAGAAAGCCUCAUAGAUGAAGCAACUUUUGAUGCAUUUGUGAAUCAUCUGUGGACAUGUGGUGGAGCAUCUGUUGCAGAAUGCACACGAAAUGUGUUGCGGAGGCUGAUGACGAUGGAUGUUGCGGGCAGAACGUGCUACUCAGGCAAGAAUGCCGAGAAGAGGGUGUUCAAGACACUCAGGCUGGCGCUCCUUUUGCAUGCCUCUGUCCGCAAAGUGUUCCCAUCAGCCAGGGACCCAGAAAUUGCAGCUGCAGCUCGAAAUUACUUUCGAUUUGUUCCUGCACUGCUCCGAAAGAAGCAGCGGGGUGACCAAUCCGAAAGCGCGCUGUAGGGUCUCUGUCGUGAGUUGUUAAGUUCCAUGACAGUGUGUGAAUAAAUUCCUAAAAAUA